AUGGCUACUACCUUCAAUGUGAGCCCAGAGGCCGCUCAGGCCACUAUCAAGGCCGCCCUUCACGACCGCAUCCUCGGCUGUCUGUUUGGCUCGGCCCUUGGCGAUGCCAUCGGCCUGUACACCGAGUUCCUGUCGACGGACAUGGCCGUUCACUCAUACACUGACCGCAAAUUCACCCUUCUCCCCAAGGACCAGGCAACUCAGUUCCGCCAUGACUCGCACCGUGCUCCCCAUCUUCCCGGAGAGUGGACUGACGACACGGACCACGCCAUGCUGAUACUGCUCGCCUAUCUGCACGUGGAUGGGAAGGAGCUCGACCCCAAGGAGUUCGCCUCGAGGCUGAGCAUCUGGGUGCAGCAGGGCCUGAGGGCACUCGACACCCUUCCCCUGGGCCUGGGCAGGACCGUGGGCGCCAUUGUGAGGAGCAAGGCGUACCUCGAGGCCCCCGAGGACACCGCGAGACACCAUUGGAAGAUCUGCAAUUACAAUGCCGCCCCGAACGGUAGUCUGAUGCGCACCCAUCCUCUUGGCCUCAUGUGCUUGAGCAAGACCCUCGAGGAGACGUUCGAGGUCGCCGCCUCGUACUCCGUCAUGACUCACGUCGAUCCACGGUGCAUCAUCUGCUGCGCUGUCGGCACGGCACUGGUCCGCGGCCUGACUCUGGGAGAGAUCCGCGGCGAGGGCGGGAUCGACGACGUCGCCAAGAAGGCGCUGGAGUGGUGGGAGAAGUACCGGGAGGGCCAGAUGAAGGACGAGAGCCGCAAGGACGAGCCGGAUCUCGACCGCGACGAGUUCUGGCGCCACGUCAGGGUGGACGACUACGCCGACCUGGAGCUCGGCCAGGGCUGGAAGAUUGGCUACGUUUACAAGUGCUUCGGGGCGGGGGUCCAUGCCCUCCGUCUGGCGUUCAGGACUCUUGGGAGCCGACCCAAGACGCUCCACAAUGAGAUGAGCAUCUUCGAGCCUCUCAUCACAGACCUCAUCAUGUGGGGUGGAGAUGCGGAUACGAAUGCCUGCUUUGCGGGUGCGCUCCUAGGAUCUUUCCUUGGAUACAAGAACCUGCCCACACACUGGCGGGAUGGUCUGACCCACGGGGAGUGGCUUCUUGAGAAAUCUGAGUCUCUAUGUGCGGUGGUUGGGGUGGUCGACAUGUGGUACAGUGGUCCGGAUGACAAGGAUACAGCGCCGGACGGCGGCAGAGGCUUCAUAACGCCGCAUGAGAUGGAAGGCAAGGCUAUGCUUCUACAGGCUCGGAUGGUCGAGCGGGAACGGGAGUGGAAGAGAAAAGAGGAGGAGAAGAAGAAGGGCGGAUCAAGUUGGUUUGGGUGGAAGUGA